UUUAAUUUUUGCUGCUAGGCUUUUUCAUUUUUUUCUUUCAGAAUCAAAUUCGAGAACGAAAAUUCAGGGAAAUAAAAUGUUAAAGAAGAAUCUAUAUCUGUAGAUUUUUUUACAUCAAAAAAUUAUUGCAAAAGACAAAUUAAUGAUUCCAAGAGUUUUCCCAAAAAAUCAUGAUCUACUACUGUUUCUGUGCCAAAUAACUUUAUUGAUAAUUCCCUUUCUCGUAUGAUUGAAUAUUGUCCAAAUUUUUUCACAGAAAUUAUUGUUAUAAAUGUGCACACAAAAUCUUCCACUAUUUCCAAGGUCAUACCUUGAAACUUCCUCAAAUUCACCUGAUCCCCAGCAUGCAACACCAGUGCAUGGACUACAAUGCAAUUGUUAUCAUUGUUAUGAUCGUUCAGUGUCCCUAACCUCAAUAAAAAAGGGAAGCCCAUGUUAUCGGCAUGGACGAGCAUCUCUCUACAAUGUGGCACAUGAUAAUACGAACUAUGACAAACGCGUAGUUCCGUUUGAUACUGUCUAGAUUAAAUUUUCAUCGGCACGUUUAUAUCAAUGGGUAUAAAACAGUUAUACAUCACUCAUUACAUCUCAGUGAGGGUACACACUUCUUUAUGACAAGCCACUGAUAGUUUGGAAUUUGGAUAAGUUGAGGUCCUGGCCAAGGAUCGAACCACUCAGACAAUGUGCGGAAUAUGUCUAUAGUGGGAGUGCGAUGGAGAAGGCUUCGGGGACCCUGACGAGGUUGAAUCGCAGUGAACAACCUAGGACUAUUGUCUGUCAUGAUAUGAUGGGAGGAUACUUGGAGGACAGAUUUAUCAAUGGCUCCUCAGACCCCACGUCCUACACCUUCUACCACUGGAGCAUCAUCGACACCUUCAUUUACUUCAGCCACCACAUGGUGACAAUCCCCCCAUUCGGCUGGAUAAACGCAGCCCAUAAGCAUGGUGUCAAAGUCCUGGGAACCGUCAUAACCGAGCACAAGGAUGGCGAGGCAAUUUGGAACGAGGUUUUAUCAUCCUCGGAGAAAACUAAGAAGUUCGCCGAUGCUCUCAUCACUUUGACCAAGUUUUACGGAUUCGAGGGGUGGCUCUUGAAUGUGGAGAAUAAGAUACAGGCAGAAGAUAUCGAGAGAUUGCAAUUUUUUGUCAGAUAUCUGACUAAUGGGUUGCGCAACGAUGUUGCGAAUUCUGAGGUCAUCUGGUAUGACAGCAUCAUUCAUGAUGGUCGCCUCAAGUGGCAGAAUCAACUUAACGAGGAGAAUCAACUGUUCUUCGAUUGUUGUGAUGGCAUAUUCUUGAAUUAUAAUUGGAGUGACGAGAGUUUGGGAAGUACUCGUGAAAUAGCUGCUAGAAAUGGAAGAUUGAAAGAUGUUUACGUGGGCUUGGAUGUCUGGGGGAGAGGAUGUCCUGGGGGCGGUGGAUUCAACUCCAUUCACGCUUUGGAACGAAUCAGAAAAUUCGAUUUAUCCGUUGCCAUAUUUGCUCCGGGCUGGACCCACGAGAAUUUUGGCGCAUCCACAUUUGAGAAGAUCGAAAAUAUUUUCUGGGCUCAAUUGACUCCUCUUUUGUAUGUCCACGUACCCAUUUAUCGUAAUGAGAGCUUUGCGACAUCGUUUUGUCGCGGAUAUGGAAGGAGUUUGUAUGAGUUUGGUGAGUCAGACCAGAGACAAUCGUUCUUCAACUUGAACUUGCAAAACCUGCAAAUCUCAGUGCCUUCAUUGCACCUGAAAUUCACGUACAAAGACAUUCCCGAGCCUCCCCCAAAGAGUGCUUCGAAUAAACGCCAACAACCACCAGAGUGUACCUUCGAAACUCCCUUCGAAGUAAUUAAAGUCCAGGGAAAAACAAUAACAUUCCUUCCGAAGAAUUUGAUCACCUUGAUCAAUCGCACGGAUUUUUGUAGCGAAUUUUCAUACGGUGGAGGGGGCUGUCUCCAAAUAACAACAAUUCAUCCCCAAAAUUAUCACAGGCUCUUUCUGACGCAUCUUGAAUUCUCAGAAGAUGUCAAAGCAUCUCUAAUAUACAGGGAAAGUGAGGAAGUGCUCGCUAACACCGAAAAUAGAACGAGAGCACCAACGCUCGUAUUAAUAAAUAACAGUAACAAUACGUCAAACUUUCUUCAGGCGAAUGAGACGUUUCAAUUGGAUACGAGGUGGAGAAAAAGCUAUUACACACCCAAUCUGCGGACAAUCAACGAGAUUGCAGUGGCAUUUUCAUAUGAAGGCCGUCAUUAUCUCGGGGAAUUGAAAAUAGAACCGGUGAGACAUUUCUUCAACCCACUGCUACGAUUAACGUAACAUUCAGCCACUGAAUUAUUAGAAAAAUUUAGCCAAUGAAUAUUUUUAUUUCGAAAGUAAUGGUUAUUGUUGCCAUUAAAAGUGUGAAAAGUUAUACACUCGCGAACGUUACUUCUUCUGUUGUGUCAAUAACAGAAGUUUUGUGUUCAUGAGAAAGUUUACCUGUACAUUAACGUGUUGAAUAAAAUGGUUUACGACUUUUUUUCAA